AUGGCCACAAGUGGAAACAAGAACAUCAACGCCAAAUUGGUGCUGCUUGGAGAUGUUGGAGCUGGAAAAUCUAGUUUGGUGUUGCGUUUUGUUAAAGGACAGUUUGUUGAAUUUCAGGAAUCAACAAUAGGCGCUGCCUUUUUCUCACAAAUAUUGGCAGUAAAUGAUGCAACUGUAAAAUUUGAAAUAUGGGAUACAGCUGGUCAAGAGAGAUACCAUAGCUUAGCUCCAAUGUAUUAUAGAGGAGCUGCUGCAGCAAUAAUUGUUUAUGAUAUAACGAAUCAAGUUGACCAUAUGGCAGUAUUUUCAUGGAUGACCUUACUAUUAUCUGAUAGUAUAGUCGGAUCUCUUAUGAAAAAGCUUUCUAAAAGAGCAUUGCAAGUACCUGCAUACUUAAGGAGUUCAGGCUGA